AUGGGUAAUUGUUGGGGUGGCGUUUUUCACCGGCGUAGGUCGCGGCGACAUAUAGUUUUAUUGCUAAUAGGUUUAGACAACGCGGGUAAAACUAAAACUGCGAAUAAUCUAGCCGGGGAGAUCGAUGAUAAAGUUUUGCCCACUGUUGGGUUUAAAGCUGUGAAUUUAGUACACAAGGACACUCCUGUGACGAUAUACGAUUUAGGUGGUGGGCCAAAUUUUAGACAAAUCUGGUCUCAGUACUACAGCGAGGUGCACGGCGUAAUAUUCGUUAUCGAUUCUAGCGAUUUUUCACGCCUGGACGAGUGCAGAAUGGUUUUAGAGGAGGUUUUAUCACACGAUAAAAUAUCAGGUAAACCAGUGCUGGUGCUAGCAAACAAACAAGACAAGACUGGUGCUCUAGACGACAUCGAUGUUGUAGAGAAGCUUAACAUUGAACCGUUGGUAAACAAAUACAGAUGUCCCACCCUAGUCGAAUCUUACACUGCCCAAGUUAUGAAUAAGACUAAAAAGCCAAAAAUCGACCCGGGUCUUCGUAAAGGAUAUCAAUGGUUGCUAAACUACAUCGUGAAGCGUUACGGUGACAUCAAUUUACGCGUGCAAACAGACAUACACGCCGAUCUAGAAAGACGGAAGCGGAUGAUGAAUAAGGCUUCCAAUAGAGCUUCUCAAACAUUCACAGCCGUCAGCGAUGAUAUAGCAACGCAGACCGGCUUCGAGAACCCUAACUUUGAUCCUAAAGUCAUAUCGGAAAGGGAGAAAGAAUUAGAGCGAGGGGUCAUCGUAGUUAAACCGAUAACGACAAGUGUCGACACCACUAUGACAAUAGAAAGCGUCGAUACAGACAAUACUAGUGCCAAACCCAAGUUAUCCCCACUAUUCGGUAGAGCCAGCAAUAGCUCCACAGUCACAGAGACAGUCAAAAUAGAGCUGGAGGCCAGAAACGAAUUUAGAAAACUAUCCCCCAUCGUGAGGCAUAAGAACGGGAGUCAAAAUAAUAAUAUAGACUUUGGCAAUCGUCCGCAGUCAAGCCCCACUUUUAAGAAUAAGACUGAUUCAAGUAAAACCUCUUCACUUCAUGACGAAGAAGUGAAGGAGGUGCACGAGUACGUGAGGUACACAGACGGACGUCAAACGUGGGACGGUGGACUGGAGCGGAAGCAUCGUGUACUGGUCAACGACGUGGAACUGUCACAUAUGCACAGGGAAAUUGUAUUGACUGAUCGAGCGGAGUUGGGCAGCAAGACGGCCUCGUCGGAGGUGAUCCUGCAGGCGUCGACGCUGCCGUCGACGCUGCAUCCGCCGCUGAGCGCGCGCCCCGCCUCCGCCUCGCGCCUGCUGCGCCGGCAGCUGGAGCUGCCCGCCACGCACAAGCGGAGGUUGAGUCUCAGAUACGUGCACCGAAACAAGACCAGUCCGGAGCGUAUUUCCAUGAUGGUAUACGAGCCCAAGGCGCCGCAGCGGCAUCUGGACAAAGGAGACUUCGAGCACACCGCCGUUAAUUAG